AUGGAGAGCAUUGCAGCAGACGGCGUUGCAGGUGGGAUGGGGAGGUUGCUUGAGGAGGGUGGCGCGCGCUACGCCCUGCCCAGGGACGAAGACAUCGAUGAAUUUCUCAGCAAAGUGAACGACGUGACAGAGAAGGUGCAAAACAUUCUGAGCGGAAAAAUAACCGUGGAGGAAAUGCAGCAGGAGGAGAAGAAGCUCCUCUUGAAGGAGAAAGUCAGACAAAUGAGAGAGGCGGAGAAGAAGGAGGAGGAGCACAAGAGGUACAUCAUGGGAACAAGGGGUACAGGGACGAAGGAUAGCAACUAUAAGUACUUUUGUUCACACUGCUUGGUCGAAUUUAAGUACGUGCUGAGCAACUGCCCUAGGUGCUCAGGGGGUGUUGUAACGAAGGAAGAGCGAUUGCGCGAUCUGCAAGAAAAGGUCAACCAAUAUAAGGAGAAGAAAAAGAAAAGGGACGCCAGGAGGGCUUCCUGGAAGAAGUGGCAGAGUGAGAUCAACCGGAAGGGGGAGACAAGCCGGGUGGGAACAGGCAACAGCGAUGAGGAGAAUGGUCCGACGAAUGAAGCAGGCAUCGCCAACACUAUCACUGACUAUGACAAGUGGAACCACUAUGAACCCAGCUCGGACACCUUCGACGAAGAUGAGAAAAUCACCUACGUCCCGAAGCACAACAAGGAUUUUAACCUCUUGGAGCAGAAACUACAGAGCGAUAUUGACACGAAGAACCAACACAGGAAAGUUGCUUACUCGAUAAAGCUCCGAGGGAAUGAAUUUUUCAAAAAAAAGAAAUACGUCCAAGCGAUUGAAUGUUACGAGGAGGCACUACAAGUGUGUAAGGAUUACCUAGAGGUUUAUAAUAACGUGGCUCUAUGUUAUCUUAAAACGUAUAGGUAUGACCUUGCCAUUGACCGCUGCAAUGAGGUCAUCCAAUACUACGAUGUUUUUAAGGAAGACUUCCGACUGAAGAAAGACACUUUAUUUAAAAGCCAUCUUAGGAAAGGAUUGGCAUGGUACAGACUCUUCCAUUUCGAGGAAGCACUGACGAGCUUCAAAUCCGCUUUGGAGUUUUCCCCCGGGGAUGUAGAGGCCUCUGCGUACGUCGAGAAGUGUGAACGGAUGGUGAGGAGGGACACUCCAUCGGGGGGGACUGUCCCUCCGAACGGCAUUUCCCCUCUGCCGAGAAGAAACAACUCAAAUGUGAAGGAAGAUACGAUGGACCUUUCCCACACACUCAGUGAGCUAGCCAAAAUGGAUCUCACCAAAGACGGGAAAAUCUUCUGGGAGACGCUCAAAGGGGUGAAAAAAUCCCUCAAGAGGAGUGAAGAGGCCAAGUUAGCAUUCUACUCAGAUGUACACUCCAUAGAGCAUAGUAAAGGAGGUACUUCUAGUGGGAUGGCUAACCGCAAGGGAAGGACCACCUUCCUCUCAUUCUGUGCAGAUAAACUGGAGGAAGUGCUUCUUUACGUGAAGAGAGCACAAAGGAGGGAAGAAGCCGCUGUCCAUGGAAAAAGCCAACAAGUGGAGGGAGGCAAACUUCCCAGAUACACCUCCCUCAGUGCCAUCCUCCUCAUCGAUUUGAUUACUCUCAUCCUGGAAUGGGAUCACCGAUGUGCAGACUUCUGCCUCAGCGCAGUAAACCCACUCAUCACACUUUACCAGUUAAAGAGAAUUAAGAAAGUCAAAGCUGCACGAUUCUUUAAUUCCAUUGGAAGGGACACGGAAGGGAGGAAGUUAUUACAUGAACGGAUCAUACAGCAGGAGGAGCACACCCUGAUGGGAAUGCUCCUCACUCGAAUUGGUCACCUCAUCGCAGAGGAGAGAAGCCUCUACACGGAGGAGCAGCGCACAAGACUACUGUACCUAACGGAGUGCAUUGAAAAACUAGAGAGCGUGCGAAGGUACGAGGUGGAUCUUCGUGGGGUUAUCCCACAGGGGGGGAAGACACAUGGGGGGGAGCCUCCCACGACUAGGUGGACACAGAAGAGCAGAACAGGCAGGGGGAGGGAUACACCGGAGAGCAAAACAAACAGUGGGAGUGACACACCGACGGAGCGAGACCCCUGGAAGGAGCUCCAAGAACGAACAGCCAGAAUGUACAAACACAAGUUCGAACUAGCCAAUCUGUUCGGAAUCAUUUCACAUCUAACUCUGAAACAGGAGGGACGGGAUGUCCUAGAGAAGGAAUUCACGAGGGAUAUUCUUAAUAUAAUAAUAUACACCAAUGAGCUUUUUUACUCUUGCCAGGGCAUGAACUGCAACUGCUUGUCUGUGUUGGUUAACCUGGUGGGGAGCCCCAGGAUUAGGGACAUCAUCAUGAGUGCCAGCUGGCCGCACAUGCUGCACUUUGUGGAGAGUUUCUCCCAUGAGGAGAGGCAGCUUGACAGUAGCCCUAACCGGGAGAACCCCCUUGAAAACGUCUUGUCGCUCCUCUUCAAUUUAACCUGCACAUGGAAGGAGCAAAUUAGAGAAGGAGAUGGAGCGUCCUCCCCCCCUCGAAAGAAGACUCUAAUUCGGGAAGGCGCCCUGCGCCAAAUGAUCUUCUUCACCCGGUCAGACAACAUAAGGGUAGCCGAGCUCAGCUGCUUUAUACUGAGUCGAUUGUACACAUAUGCUUACUGUGGCGUGGUGGAAAUAGACCAAGGGAAGUCGGUGCCUCUCCCGCUCGGGACAGAAGAAAGGAGGUGUAAAAAUGAUCAUUACGUACCUUCCACUCAAGAGGACACGUCCAACGAGGAUCGAAACGGGCAACUGGUACAUUCACUAAAGCGAAAAAUCGAGAAAGAGAAUGAUCAGCAGAUUCACCUCGAUGAAUACUCCUUCGAUUGGAUGAAGCGGUCCAUCCUGUCCGAGUUAGACUCCCCACGUGGAGGUGGCUUAACAAGUGCCUGUAUCAACCUACUUUGCUGCUUAUCCAAGUACACAGAUUUUUUGGCGAGGCUCCUCUACGGGGAGGAGAGUAACUUAGAGAGACUAACCAACCGACUGGUCUCCCUCUUCGUAGAGAACAAGAGUAACCUCCAGGGGGACAACUCCACAUCCAUCAUGGUAAAGAACAUCGCGGCGUUCUUCACACAGAUGAUAAAGAUCCUGACCGUCAGGGAGGCUACCAAUCGGGGAAGUGCCUCCGUAGUGAAAUCCAUCGAGAGAGUCAUUCCGCAUGCAGCCGAAUUGGUGAAUAACGGGAUGUGCAGUGGUGCCACGAGCAAAGGGAUCAGCUUCUUCCUCUCGUACUGCUUCGUCUACCCCCCUUUGAAGCCGGCGGUGCUCGCUGCGUUCCACGACGAUGUGGGGAGACUAGGCGCGGUGCUUCGCAGCGGUAAUGGGUGA